GCCUUGUCCGGUUCCUAGCAGUGACAGGGACGGAUCCCUCCUUCUCUGCCCUCCCCAGGGCUGAGCUUUGGCCGGACCCGGCGGGUGGUUCAGGGGCACGAAGCGUGCACAAUUCCCAGCUCCAGCAUUUGGCUCCUGGAUACUCCAGUCCUGAGGCUCCGAGAGGGGACGGAGCAGGCGGCUCAGGGCGAAGGCGGCGGGCAGAAUGGCAGAGAAUGGGCUGCGGGAGAAAAUACUGACGCUGGAGUCCAUGAACCCCUGCGUAAAGCGGGUCGAAUACGCCGUCCGUGGACCCAUCGUGGUGCGGGCCUUGGAGCUGGAGAAGGAACUGCAGCAGGGUAUUAAGAAGCCGUUCACCGAGGUGAUCCGGGCCAACAUCGGAGACGCUCACGCCAUGGGGCAGAAACCCAUCUCCUUCCUGCGUCAAGUGGUGGCCCUGUGCCUGUGCCCGGAGCUCCUGAGCAGCCCCAUCUUCCCCGACGAUGCCAAGAAGAAGGCGCAGAGGAUCCUGCAGGCCUGCAACGGAAACAGCUUGGGGGCAUACAGCGCCAGCACGGGCAUCGACCUGAUCCGGCAGGACGUGGCCCGGUACAUCGAGCGGCGGGACGGGGGCAUCGGUUCUGACCCCGCCAACGUCUUCCUGUCCACCGGCGCCAGCGAUGCCAUCGUGACGAUACUGAAGCUUCUGGUGGCCGGAGAGGGGCUGGGGCGGACGGGAGUGUUGAUCCCCAUCCCCCAGUACCCGCUCUACUCGGCCGCCCUGGCCGAGCUCAACGCCGUCCAGGUCAACUACUACCUGGACGAGGAGCACAACUGGGCGCUGGACGUGGGCGAGCUACGGCGGGCCCUUAACCACGCCCGUGGCUACUGCCAGCCCAAAGUGCUGUGCAUCAUCAACCCGGGGAACCCCACAGGGCAGGUGCAGAGUCGCCAGUGCAUCGAGGACGUGAUUCGCUUCGCCAUGGAGGAGGGCCUCUUCCUCAUGGCCGAUGAGGUAUACCAGGAUAACGUGUACGCGGAGGGCUCCCAGUUCCAUUCGUUCAAGAAGGUGCUAAUGGAGAUGGGGCCACCCUACUCCCAACAGCAAGAGCUGGCCUCCUUCCACUCCGCUUCCAAAGGCUUCAUGGGAGAGUGCGGGUUCCGGGGAGGCUACGUGGAGGUGGUGAACAUGGACCCUGACGUCAAGCAGCAGUUGGCCAAGCUGGUGUCCGUGCGGCUGUGCCCUCCCGUGCCCGGGCAGGCCCUGCUGGAUGUGGUGGUCAGCCCCCCGCAGCCCGGGGAUCCCUCCUACCAGCAGUUCCAAGGGGAGAAGCAGGCGGUCCUGAAAGCCCUAGCAGAGAAGGCUCAGUUGACGGAACGCAUCUUCAACCAGGCGCCGGGCAUCCGUUGCAACCCCGUGCAGGGCGCCAUGUAUUCCUUCCCCCGCAUCUCGCUGCCCGCCCGAGCCCUGGAGCGGGCACAGGAGCUGGGGCAGGCCCCAGAUAUGUUCUUCUGCAUGAGGCUGCUCGAGGAGACGGGCAUCUGCGUGGUGCCCGGCAGCGGCUUUGGGCAGAAGGAGGGCACCUACCACUUCAGGAUGACCAUCCUACCCCCCUUGGACAAACUACUUACUCUCCUGGAGAAACUGACCCAGUUUCACGCCAAGUUCACCCAGGAGUUCUCCUAACGGCGCUGGCCCGCCGUGCCCCGGUCUGCGGACACCAACUCCUCCCCCUGAGGCGGCGGGCCCCCUCAGGGCUGAAGCAGGACCCUACUUUCCUCAUUGCCGGUGGUCAGAUGGGCCCCCAUGCCCCCUCCCAUCACCUCAUGUUACAUCAGGCUCCUCAGUCCUUGCAGCCUCAUGCCAGGGCUUGAUGAGAGGGAGCUUGGGGCUGGAUUGCACGUUGGGAAAGACUGCGGGCUGGGGCCGGGCCAGGGCACGGCGGCUCCAACCUGGAUCUCUGGACUGUGCCCGCGAGACAUCCCCCUACUCCCCUGCGUCCCAUCAAAGAGACAAAAUCUGGCAUGGUGAAGCUGAGAUGACCACGCUUUGGGGGCAGAAGACAUGACUCUAAGCUUCCUCCUCGUACCCCAAUAAAACCACCCAAGUCAGGUAGCUGCAGCUGA